GACAUUACCUCCACAUCAUGCUGUUACUUUCACGUCUUGCUGCUCUGGCUGCUAUCAGUAGCCUUGCUACCGCUGCUCCGACAAGUACCAGUGGCUCUUCCGCGGUCAAUACCACGACUUGUGGUGGUCAAACAUAUGUCUAUCAAGAAUUGGCUGGAUACGGCUAUGUUGCUGGCAACGCGAGAGAUAAGUUUGGUGAUACCCUCGGAGGCUUAGGUUCUUCGAUCGUCGUUGAUCAGAGUACUUGGAAGAAGUGUAAUCAAUCCUACACUGGCACCUUGUGGGCAUUACCUGACAGAGGAUGGAACACCCAAGGAACCCUUAACUUCCAGAACCGCGUCCACAAGUUUGCGAUCACAUUGUCUCCGAACUCCACCGCGACAGUUGAUUCACCGUCAGGUCCGAAUCUGGACCUCCAGUACCUGGAUACCGUGCUGUUUACUGAUCCCAACGGUACUCCCGUGACUGGUCUGGACCCAGAUGCUCAAGGCCCAUACCUUCAAUUCCCAGGCUUCCCGGAUCUACCAGCCACUACCUACACAGGUGAUGGAUUUGGUGGCAAUGGCACAGGAGGCCAUCAUGUGUCCGUGGACUCUGAAGGCUUGACCCUGAAUCCUGAUGGCUCGUUUUGGGUUUCUGACGAGUAUGGUCCAUAUGUCUACAAGUUCUCGGCUGAAGGCAAGAUGCUCAGUGCAAUCAGACCACCGAAUGCAGUGAUCCCUCUUCGCAAUGGAACAGAGAGUUUCAGCGCUGACUCUGCUCCGGUAUACAACCCUGACUUUGAAGUAACACCCGAGGAUCCUACCUCAGGACGAGCCAACAACCAAGGCUUAGAAGGUCUUACCGCAUCUCCUGAUGGCAAACAUCUCUACGCACUACUCCAGAGCGCUUUGGACCAAGAAGGAGGCUUGAAGAAGAAGAACCGCAGAUAUACACGCUUACUUCAGUAUUCUCUGGCCUCAAACUCAUCCACACCAGUAUAUGAAGCCGAAUACGUUGUUCCGCUCCCUCUCUAUGGAGAUGACAACUCCGUGGCUGGACAAUCAGAGAUUCACUUCCUCUCGUCCACCCAAUUCUUCAUCUUGGCCAGAGACUCCAACGCCGGCCACGGACAAGACAACAGCCAAAGUAUAUACCGCCACAUCGACGUCUUUGACAUUUCGUCAGCUACGAACAUCAAGUCCAGCACCAAUGAUGCCUUCAACGCAUCCAUCGCCUCCACAAAAGGAGUGCUGAAUAAGAAGAUCACGCCAGCUACAUACUGCUCCUUCUUGGAUUUUAACGUCAACUCUCAGUUGAACAGAUUUGGUGUGCAUAAUGGAGGUGCCCAAGACUCUGGAUUGCUGAAUGAGAAGUGGGAGUCCAUCGCUACUGCUCCUGUUAACCCUGGCUCUGGCGAUGGCGAGUACUUUGUAUUUUCGCUGAGCGAUAAUGAUUUCAUUACGCAAGAUGGAUACAUGAACUUUGGCAACUACAAAUACUCAGAUGCCUCGGAUUACAAUCUCGACAACCAGGCUCUGGUCUUCAAAGUCCAAUUGCCAGAAGGCGUGACACCACGAUGAAGCAAGACAGCUAGAACAUAGUGACAAGUCCAACUCGAAUCGCAGGCCAUAUCAAAAAUUAGCCUUAGAAGCUAGAUCUGUAUGAUUCGUCCUCAGCACGCAAAGAGAUAAAUAAAGUUCAAUGCUCUACGCCAGUUUGAUGCCCGUGAGUAUCGGAAGUUCGUGAACUGGCGAGCUAUCAUCCGCAG